AUUAGAGAAAGCACGAAUCGAUAAUACAACCAGUUGCCAAUCAAUGGACACCAUCCUCAAGAAAGAGGGAUCCACGGUCUGGAUCACUGGCCUCUCAGGAUCCGGUAAAACAACCUUAGGAUUAGCAUUGAAAACUUAUUUGACCUCUAGAGGUGUCCCAUGUUAUGUCUUGGAUGGAGACCAACUUAGAGGUAGCUUGUCCCAAGAUCUGGGCUAUUCAUCAAUGGAGAGUGAGGAGAAUGCCCGAAGAGCUGGAGAAGUGGCGUUAAUGUUCGCCAAGACUGGAUUUCUCGCCAUCUGUUGCCUCAUUUCGCCUUCAAAAAGAGCCAGGAACGCAAUCCGUGCCCGACACGCUCAUCUUAGGCUCGCUUUCCAUGAAAUCCAUCUUAAAUGCUCCCUUUCCAUUUGUCGAGCUAGAGACCCCAAGGGAUGGUAUUCCAAAUACGAGGUUGCAAGACUCGCCCAUCAACAAAUUCGAGUGGGUUCCGUGAAUUUGAAGUACGAAGACAUUGGGAGCUUUUUGGAGGAAAAUAGCUACGAUAUCCCUGAUGAGCCCGAUUUAUCACUUGACACCGAGACCCAAGGAGUCUCCGAGUGCCUUAACACCCUUGUGAACUAUUUGAAACUAAGCUAACUCAAAUUCCCCGCUCUUUUUAUGAGUUUUCUGCUGCUCAAUUUCCUAAAUAGUGAUAGGCCAAAGAGACCGAUUUCGGGAAGGAAAUGCAUACUUGAUAAUAUGAUUGAAUGCAAACGAGUUAAAAACUGAUCAAACCUUACAGAAAUCUCAUUCAAUACCCUGCUCUCUCAUCUCAAUUGAAAUCAUUGCAAAAAAAGAAAAAUAACUGACAAAUUGCCGAGAAAUAGUUAGAACUUUCCACAUCAAGACGCUCAUUCUUUGCAGUUUUGAGAAAGUGGAGUUUAGUUCAAAUGAGCACAAACACUCAGGCGUUUUUUACUCUUACACGGCUAAAAGUGGAAACAAAACAUUUAUUGAGCACAUGCACCAUGUUCCUCGAUCGCCCAUGUGAGUAAGCCUCAAUCCAAAACUCAUCCGCAUACCAGGGCCUUGGAAUGCCUUGGCGAGCCUUUGCUUUCCAAUUCGUGUUCAAACCACUAUCUGUUCACCAAAUCAGUCAUCAAAUAUUAUUCUUUUACAAUUCGACAAGGUAAUUUUAUGCGCAUUUCAAGAAUGCUUCCUUCAAAUAAAAUCAAAAUGAAAAGAACAAGGGACCUUGUCCUAACAUUUUCCUACUGCAUUAUUU